CGACGACGCGUGCACAACUCACAACACUUCCUCCAUCAUGUCUCUGGCCCGCCGUCCAACGCGGUCGCAGUCGCGCCGUGUGGUGUCGUCAAUAUCCCUUCUCUUCCUUGCUUUCGUCGCCCUCCUUUGCUUGUGCCCCGUCGCGGUCAGUGCCGAUGAGGACAAGCGGUCGGAGUAUGGCACGGUCAUUGGUAUCGAUCUUGGUACAACCUACUCUUGCGUAGGCGUACAACGAGGAGGCCGUGUGGAGAUCAUUGCGAACGACCAGGGUCACCGGAUAACGCCAUCAUGGGUCAGCUUCACGGACGACGAACGUCUUGUUGGUGACGCGGCGAAGAACGCUUUCCACUCCAACCCCGAGAACACCGUCUUCGACGCGAAGCGGCUCCUUGGCCGCAAGGUUGACGACCCGGAGGUGCAGCGCGAUAUGAAGCACUGGCCAUUCAAGAUCAUCGGCAAGAACGACAAGCCCGUCAUUCAGGUGCAGUAUCGGGGUGAGACGCGUGAAUUCACUCCGGAGGAGAUCUCUGCCAUGGUUUUGAGCAAGAUGAAGGAGACUGCUGAGGCAUACCUCGGCAAGACUGUCACCCACGCAGUUGUCACUGUCCCAGCUUACUUUAAUGACGCUCAGCGUCAAGCCACGAAGGAUGCGGGCACGAUUGCCGGUCUGCAGGUCCUCCGUAUCAUCAACGAGCCGACGGCCGCUGCCAUCGCGUACGGUCUCGACAAGAAGGGCGGCGAGUCGCAGAUCAUCGUCUAUGAUCUCGGUGGUGGAACCUUCGACGUCUCCCUGCUCUCUAUCGACGACGGCGUCUUUGAGGUCUUGGCGACUGCCGGUGACACCCACCUCGGUGGCGAGGACUUCGACAACCGCGUGAUGGACCAUCUCAUCAAGCAGUACAAGAAGAAGACCGGUACCGAUGUGUUGAGCAACCUGCGUGCGAUGGGCAAGCUGAAGCGUGAGGUUGAGAAGGCCAAGCGUACGCUGUCCAGCCAGCAGUCCACUCGUAUCGAGAUUGAGAGCUUCGAGAACGGCAACGACUUCUCGGAGACGCUCACUCGGGCGAAGUUCGAGGAAAUCAACAUGGACCUCUUCCGGAAGACGAUGAAGCCGGUUGAGCAGGUGCUCAAGGACGCGAACCUCAAGAAAGAGGAUAUCGAUGAGGUUGUCCUCGUCGGUGGUUCGACCCGUAUCCCCAGGGUCCAGCAGCUCCUCAAGGAGUACUUUGGCAAGGAGCCGUCGAAGGGUAUCAACCCUGACGAGGCCGUCGCCUACGGUGCUGCCGUCCAGGGUGGAAUUCUUUCUGGUGACGAGAGCCUUGGCGACAUCGUCCUGGUCGAUGUCUGCCCGCUCACACUCGGUAUCGAGACUACCGGUGGGGUGAUGACCAAGCUCAUCCCCCGUAACACGGUCAUCCCUACGCGCAAGAGCCAGAUCUUCUCUACGGCCGCGGACAACCAGCCCACGGUGUUGAUCCAAGUUUUCGAGGGAGAGCGGUCGAUGACGAAGGACAACAACUUGCUCGGCAAGUUCGAGCUUUCCGGCAUCCCGCCCGCGCCUCGCGGUGUCCCGCAGAUUGAGGUGUCAUUCGAGAUCGACGCGAACGGUAUCAUGAAGAUAUCUGCGAUGGACAAGGGAACUGGCAAGUCGAACUCCGUCACGAUUACGAACGAAAAGGGUCGCCUGUCGCCCGAGGAUAUCGAGCGGAUGGUCAAGGAGGCGGAGGACUUCGCCGCGGAGGACGAGGCGCAGCGGAAGCGCAUCGAAGCACUCAACGCCCUGUCGUCGUUCGUGUACGGCCUCAAGGCGCAGCUCGCGGACCCGGAGAACCUGGGCGGCAAGCUGGACGAAGACGACAAGAAGAAACUGCUCGAGAUCAUCAAGGAUGUCACGGACUGGAUCGACGAGUUCGGCCAAGGCUCGAGUGCGGAGGAUCUCGAGGAGAAGCUCCAGGAGGUGCAGGCGAAGGUGUCGCCGAUUACGAGCAAGAUCUACGCGGGUGGCGACUAUGCGCCCGGUGCAGACGACGAGCAGGACCCGCUUCACUCUCACGACGAGCUGUAGUGGACUUGUUACGCAGUCACGAGAGGCUUGUUUACUUAUUCUUUUGGAGGCAAAAUAAUAUAUUAGACUCAGUAUACUCAAUCGUGC